CGGUAGAUUUGUGUUUACGUUUACUGUUCCCUUUUUUUGAUAAAAGUUCUAAUAAAAUUAACUCAAUUUUACCGUUUAAAAUGCUUUAAAUAAUGUCUUACAAAGUUUUCAGUGCAACUGAAUUAUGGCAACGAGAAACCAGUUUUCCGUCUAUUCCUACUUUUAGCCAAAGUCUAGACAGUUGCUUAGGCAGCAAUGGAAUCCAGUUAGGUUGCCUGACUGAAUUACUUGGCCUUCCAGGCACUGGAAAAACACAGCUAUGUUUACAGCUUUGUGCCUCUGUCCAAAUACCAAGUGUCUUAGGGGGACUGAAUGCUGAAGCACUUUAUGUUGAUACCAAUACAAAUUUUACACCGCAAAGAUUUAAAGAAAUAGUUUCUGCAAGCCAGACAAAAUGCCAGCAACUUUUGGAGACUCCGAUAGUAUCAAACAAGGACCCACUGCACAGGUUGCACUACAUAAAUGCAUUUGGACUCGAAAAGUUUUGUGCUACUAUGUACAGAAUGCCUUCAGUCAUUGAGGACCAUCCACAAAUAAAGCUAAUCGUAAUAGACUCAAUAACAUUUCCAUUCAAAGAGGGCAUAACACCGAGUCAGAGAACUGGCUUGCUGUUCAGGCAGAUGGCUGAGCUUCAGCGACUGGCAGUAGAAAAACAAAUUGCAGUAGUGGUUACAAAUGAGAUGAGCACCCGCGUAGGGCUGUCCACCGGGUCGAUAGUCGGCGCCCUGGGCGACGCGUGGGCGCACCGCUGCAUCACUCGAGUGCUGCUCUCAAGGGAAGGCUGUGAGAGGCGCGCGCUUUGUUUGAAGAGCAACUGUGGGGCUAACGCUGUGGGGAGGUUCAAGAUAACAGAAGAAGGAAUUCGGGAUGUAGACUAAGUAAAAUCAAUAAAACAACCAUUGAACAUACAUACUUCAAGUAAUGUUUAUUGUAAAUAUGUAUUGUAUAUCGUAAACAAAACUAGAGCACCAAUAAAUAUCUCAUUUCAUAAAAAUAUCAAGCUUUUAUUUCAAUAACAAUUAAUACAGUGUAAAGGCAGUUUCAAUAU